UAGGCGCAAAGUCCGCUGCUCUACAAAUCAUGCAGCAGUCAGUUAUUGAGUUCCUACUGCUGCUUCCUGUUUCCUGGCUGCAUCAGUCUGUGUGACUGUGGGUUUGCACACAUUAUGGAUCGGAAGGUGGGCUUUGCUCCUUCUGGUGCUCACAUAGGAUCAAUUAACGCUGCUACGUUUGUGCAGAAGAACAGAAGGGCGACUUUAGAGCGCAUUGAAAAGUUUAUUUCAGAGAUAUACUUUACAGACUGCAAUCUACGUGGAAAAUUGUUUGGAGCAACAUGCCCUGUAGAUUCUAUCUCUUAUGUCCUGAGUAAAGAGCGCAUUAAGUAUGAACAAGCAGUCACGCGAACAUUCCAGCCAGCUAAAGUUGGAGAUACAUUUGGCCCAACAUGGUGGACAUGUUGGUUCCAUGUACAGGUGACCAUUCCCACAGAGUGGAAGGGACAGGAAGUGCACCUGAUAUGGGAGAGCGAUGGUGAAGGAAUGGUGUGGCAAGAUGGCCAGCCUGUCCAGGGGUUGACAAAAGAGGGUGAGAAGACAAGUUACAUUUUAACCAAUAAUUUAAAAGAACAGGCCCCUCACAGCAUGACUCUUUACAUUGAGAUGGCUUGCAACGGACUAUUUGGGGCUGGCCUGGGCAGUAUGAUUGCACCUGCUGACCAACACCGGAAGUUUACACUGCAUAGGUCCGAGCUUGCUAUUUUCCACCGAGAUGUACAUGAGUUGCUCCUAGAUUUUGACACUUUAUAUGACAUGGCUAAGUUCCUUGGUGAAGACAACCAAAGAAGUUUUCAAGCACUAUACGUGGCCAAUGAGAUGGUGAACCUGUGUGAUGUAAAUGACCGUAGCACAUUUCUUGCUGCUCGCAAGUUAUCCUCUAAAUUUUUCAGUCAGAAAAAUGGUGACAGCCAGCACGUGAUUCAUGCCAUGGGACACUGCCAUAUUGACUCCGCAUGGUUGUGGCCUUAUGAAGAAACAAUUCGAAAGUGUGCUCGUAGCUGGGUAACAGCAGUAAACUUGAUGGAAAAAAAUCCAGACUUCACUUUGUUUGCUCUCAGGGCACAACAGCUGGAAUGGGUUAAAAGCUGGUAUCCUGGACUAUAUUCUCAAAUAAAGGAAUAUGUCAAAAGGGGUCAGUUCAUACCUGGUGGUACCUGGGUAGAAAUGGAUGGAAACCUUCCCAGUGGAGAGUCCAUGGUACGCCAGUUCCUGCAGGGUCAGAACUUUUUCCUGCAAGAGUUCGGCAAGGAAUGCGUGGAGUUUUGGUUGCCAGAUACAUUUGGGUACUCAGCUCAGUUUCCUCAGCUGAUGAGCGGUUGUGGGAUUCAUCGCUUCCUAACACAAAAACUCAGCUGGAGCUUAGUCAACGCUUUUCCGCACCACACUUUUUACUGGAAAGGAAUUGAUGGAUCAAAGGUCCUGACUCAUUUUCCUCCAGGAGAUUCAUAUGGAAUGAAAGGAAAAGUGGAAGAGGUACUGAAGACUGUAAAAAACAACAGGGAUAAGGGUCGUGUAAAUAACAGUAUUGUUCUCUAUGGGUUUGGGGAUGGAGGAGGUGGUCCAACAGAGAAUAUGCUGGAACGAUUUAGAAGAAUGAAAGAUACAGAUGGUCUACCCAGAGUCCAUCUGUCCUCUCCAGACCAGUUUUUCUCCGCUGUGGAAAAAGAUGCCUCUCAGCUCUGCACCUGGGCAGGAGAGUUGUUUCUUGAGCUACACAAUGGAACGUAUACAACACAAGCACAGAUAAAAAAAGGCAACAGACAUUGUGAACAGCUCCUACGUGAUGUGGAAAUCGUGAGCUCCUUUGCUAUGACACAGGAUCAGAGUUUUCAUUAUCCUUCUUCCAGACUUCAGCAUCUUUGGAGGUUGUUACUGCUGAACCAAUUUCAUGAUGUCUUACCAGGAAGCUGCAUACGGGAGGUGGUUGAAGAUGCACUGAGAUACUAUGAUGAGAUCAGAGCUAAAGGAUCUCAGCUUUUGAAAGAAUCUAUUGACACACUGCUGAAAAUGCUGACUUCUGCAUUCCCUACUGCUGAACAGUGUGUCACAGUGAUUAACACAUUACCCUGGGAGCGCACAGAGGUGAUUUCCAUCCCAGGAUCCUCAGGAAAUCAAUCCCUUGGCCUUGUGAAGGUGCCAAGUAUGGGUUAUGUGACACUUCUCGAAUAUAUGAGCCCCGUCCAUCCUGUUACAGUUCUCAGACAGGAUGAUAAUUCUGUAACAAUGGAAAAUGGAAUUGUCCGUGUUACCAUUGACACAAAAGGACGUUUGUCAUCACUACAGUUGCUGGCUUCCAGCAGAGAGUCUAUUUCUGAAAACUGUUACGGAAAUCAGUUUGUGAUAUUUGAUGAUGUUCCCCUUUACUGGGAUGCCUGGGAUGUGAUGGACUAUCAUCUUGAGACCAGAAAGACUCUUACAAGUCCAUUAAGUAAACUGGAAAUCAGCAGCCAAGGGGGACUGAGAGGUUCUGUAACGUUCUCUUUGCAAAUAAGUGAAAAGAGCACUAUUGUUCAAGAGAUAAUCCUAGAUGCUUCAUGUCCCUAUGUCAGAUUUAAUACUAAGGUAACCUGGAACGAGGCUCAUAAGUUCCUGAAAGUUGAGUUCCCAGUUAACGUGUUAAAUUCAAAUGCUACAUAUGAGAUUCAGUUUGGACACCUUCAGAGGCCAACUCAUAGAAACACCUCUUGGGACUGGGCCCGAUAUGAGGUGUGGGCUCACCGUUGGAUGGAUCUGUCAGAGCAUGGCUUUGGAGUGGCCAUAUUAAAUGACUGUAAAUAUGGAUGCUCUGUUCUUGAGAAUGUUCUAAGUCUGUCACUACUCAGAGCUCCAAAGUCCCCUGAUGCAACAGCAGAUAUCGGACAUCAUGAGUUUUCCUAUGCAGUUAUGCCACAUGUGGGAUCAUUUCAGGAAGCCAGAGUGAUCCAGAACGCAUCUAGUUUCUGCAGUCCCCUCAUCACUACAGUAUCAGUCUGUACACCGGGCACAUUAUGGGGCGCGUUUACUGUGCUUUCUCCAGCAGUGAUCCUUGAAACUGUGAAACAAGCAGAGAACAAAUCAGACACUCUGGUGUUGCGACUAUAUGAGUCUUAUGGCAGCUCAGUUGAUACCUGGUUACAAACAUCACUCCCUGUGAAGGAAGUGUUCUUCUGUGAUCUCCUAGAGCGUCCUGAUUACAGUCAGACUCCUGUUUUACAUAACCAAGGGGUGAAACUUUCCUUUACCCCUUUUAAAGUGCUGACACUUCUAUUCAUUCUGCAUAGAUAAUUUAACCUUCCAUUGGUAAAAUAAUCAACGAGCUGAAAGGGUUGCUGCAUCAUAUCUGCGUGCAACAAAGUUUAUGAAGAUGUUACCUGUGUGAUGUAAAUACUCUAAUAAACAGAAAAACAACAAAUGACAAAAGCAUUAAGCAAUCCAAAGAAACUAAUCACACUUAAAUAUUUGCUGUUUCAAAACAGAAGUUACUAUCUCCUGCUUGUUUUGUUUAUUUUAUUAUGUAACUGCUUUAUAAGGUUUUUUUACCUCUGUAUUGUA